ACAAACACCGUACCUCCACUGCUGCGAAAGAAUGAACAAGGGAGCGAAGAACUUGUGGAUACGGACUUCUCCGACAACAACGCUCUUCAAGUCAUUCCAGUAGAGCAUAUCGAGAAGUUGAGCUAUGCGAAACCAGAUACUAGCGCCAAAUUUGACGAAUCGGGCGAGAACAGCCCACAAGAUGAAAGAUUUGACAAUUCAUCAUGCUCUACCAAUGAGGUGGCAGUUCUUAUGCUCACUUCGGGAAGUACUGGCAACUCCAAGGCAGUUUGCUUGACUCAUAAGCAGAUAUAUGCUGCUCUCAGAGGAAAACUAUCCGCAAUGCCGCUUGCACCAGGAACUGCCAUUUUCAACUGGAUUGCACUCGACCAGUGAGUCAUAGAUUAUGAAUUUACUCUUCCUCGCCAGUUUUACAAAUACUAACGUCACGUGCCUUUAAAGGGUUGCAAGUUUGGUUGAGAUACACUUGUGCGCAAUUUUCGCCGGCCUUGAUCAAGUCCAUGCUCCAGCCGUUGAGAUGAUUGGGAACCCUCUAUCCUUCCUUCGUCUGUUAUCUAAGCACAAUGUUUGACGGACCUUUGCGCCAAAUUUCUUCCUAUACAAGCUUCAGAGUGUUCUGGAGACAGCUUCUGCCAAGGAAGUUGAGGGAAUCGAUCUUUCUAAGCGUCAAUGUUUAGCCUCUGGGGGAGAAGCAAACAGUAUCGAUACAUGUGUCCGAAUUUACGGCCAACUCAUUAGAUUCGGCGUCCAGGAAAACUUGAAAGUAGUAACGGUUAUGGUAUGACAGAAACUUGUGCUGGGGCUAUGUUCAACCAUCGGUGUCCUGAUAUGGAUAUUAUGAUGGUCCGUCAGUUUGCUUCGGUUGGGAAAUGCAUAUCGGGUAUCGAAAUGCGGCUUGCACCAGUGGAGGACAGUCCUGAACCCAACGACCCAGUUACCACCGCAACGACAGGGAUUCGCGAGAUUAAAGGGGCCGUAGUUUUCGAACGUUAUUUCAACGAUGUGGCCAGUACCAAAAAAGCUUUUGCAUCGGACGGAUGGUUUAAAACAGGGGAUAUGGCCUUUAUUGAUGCGGAUGGAAAUCUAGAGCUUGUUGGUCGAUCGAAAGAAUUGGUUAUUAUUAACGGGGUGAAAUACAUUCCCCACGAAUUGGAGACCGCCAUAUUGCAUGCGAAGAUAAAUGGAAUCUCAUCAUCCUUCGUCACCUGCUUCGCUUAUCGAUCUGCCCACGCAAGUUCCGAAGAAAUAUAUGCUGUAUACCAGCACGAAUAUGAUUCCAAGGACGUCGAAGCUCGUAUGGCAACCCUCCAGUCUAUCAUUCGCACAGUCACUCUAUUCGCUGGUACAAGGCCACGAGUCCUUCCGCUGCCGCCAGGCCGAAUGCACAAAAUGACACUUGGAAAAAUAUCUCGAGCUAAGAUACGUGAUUCGUUGAGCCAAGGCAACUACAGAGACGAGGAAGAGUUGGAUGCCAAUAUGCUGCGUUCAUAUCGAGAGGCGCACCUUUCAGAACCAUGCAACAAGACCGAGCGAAAUCUGAUGGCCGUCUUCCUUGAUGUACUCGGUCCUAGUGACCCUGACAUCGGUAUGAGCGUUAAAACUCCCAUCCUCGAUGCUGGCGUCACUUCGAUUGAUCUUCUUCGGCUAAGGGGCGCUUGUGAGAAAGCAUUCAACAUGGAAGAAGGCAAGAUUCCUAUGGUAACAAUUAUGUCACAUACCACAAUUCGCUUCCUCGCGCAAGCCAUUGACCAAAUUCAAACGUAA